GGUAGGUUCAUUAAGGACUCUAAAUUGCCCGUGGGUGUGUAUGUGAGGGUGAAUGCUUGCUUGUUUCAAUGUGCCCUGCGAUUGGCCGGCGACCAGUUCCGGGCGUACCCCGCCUCUCGCCCGAAGGCAGCCGGGAUAGGCUCCGGCACACCCUUGUGAGGAGAAGUGGUACGAAAGAUGAAGGAAUGAAUGUUUGGCAGGAUAGCACCCGUGUAUAGUUUUGAAACAAAUUUCCCGUACUUUACUUUAUUUGUAUGGAACAGUCCAGAAACUUUCCCAGUGUUAAUUGUCAGCAAAACCGGACCAGUAAGUAACAACAUAUGGGCUUGUGACGAUCUCAUUUUGAAACAAGGAACGUACGUACGUACGUUAAAAAAAAAAAAAAAAAACUUUAUUUAAACAAGCAAUUUACAUACCAUCAAUAACAAAUCACAUCGCGAUAGCUAAAACAGGUGCAAUAAACGCUGAUUUGCAAUAUUUAAAAUAUUUGUAUUCAUUUAUAUAUACAUAUAGCCGUCGAGAUAGAGAAAAUGUCGAAAGAUGUGCGCGUGACGUCACGGGACCCGCGCUCUAUCGCCCUCGUGAGGCCGCUGCGUGCGGGUGCAGGGAGCAUUCGAAGCUGCUAGCGGGGCUGCUACGCUAAGCGGCUCCGCCGUCCCGGUGCGCGGAAUGCAUCUCCCCAAGAAAUGCUCGGCCUUCCGCGUGGUGCUGAGCGCUCUGCUGCUGGUGGCGCUGCUGCAGCUCCUCUACUUGUCCUUCCUGUCCAAGCUCCACGGCAAGCAGCAGCGGCACCGCUAUUCGGAGCUCUUCGGAGGCACGGCGCACUCCGAGGAGAGCGCCCGCAAGGAGCGCCUGAGAUACUCUCUGUCCACCGGGGGCAUCUUCGACCACAGCGGGCAGUACCGCGUGUACAAGAACCUGAUUCCGAGCGACUCGACCGGCAAGCCGGGUUCCAACGUUCUCACGUUGGCCACCCACACGAGCAUGAACAACCUGCACCACCUGGAAGGUCUCCUGGAGCGAUGGCGCAACCCGCUGUCGGUGGCCAUCUUCGCGCACGGCCAGGACGUCGAGUUCGCCACCGCGCUGCUCUACGCGCUGGGCGUCCUGUGCCCGCGCAUGCGGGCCCUGGUGGACUUCCACCUCGUGUGCCUCUCGGGGGAGGCGGCCAGCUUCCCCGAACGGGAUCACCGGCACUUCGCCGGCCUGGACGACUGCGCCGCCGUCUUCUCCCGGCUGGAAGCCCACGGGAGCAAAUAUAAGAACUACGCCAUCGGCGCAAACGUGUCGUACCCGAAUAACCUCCUGCGCAACGUGGCGAGAGGGGGCGCCGAGGCCCCGUACAUCCUGGUCGUCGACAUCGACACGGUGCCCGCCGCGGACCUGCACCGGCACUUCCUGGCAAUGGUGGCGAGGCGCCGGCCCGCGGCGGACCGCGUGUUCGUCUUGCCCGCCUUCGAGAUCCGCCACACCAGGAAGAUGCCCGCCACCAAGGCCGAGCUGCUGCAGCUCUACCAGGUGGGCGAGGUGCGACCUUUCUACGAGGAGCUGUGCCCUCGCUGCCAAGCCCGCACCAAUUACUCCCAGUGGCUCAACAGCCGCGUCCGCGACCCCUCCGGCGGCCUGGAGGUGGCCUACACGCUCACCUGGGCGGAUCCCUGGGAGCCCUUCUACAUCGGCCCGCGCUCGGUGCCCCUCUACGACGAAAGCUUCAAGCAGUACGGCUUCAACCGCAUCAGCCAGGCCUGCGAGCUCCACGUGGCCGGGUACCAGUUCUCCGUGCUGAACUCGGCCUUCCUCGUCCACCGUGGCUUCAAGAUCCAGGGCCAAUUCCACACCAGAAAGGACGAGGAGAACCAACGCAACAGGCUCCUGUUCCGCAGCUUUAAAGAGGCUCUGAAGACCAAAUAUCCGACUUCAAGCAGGCGAUGCUAAAAAACAAACAAACAAACAAAAAACAAUGGGGGCGGGGGGCAGGGGGGGGGGGGCAUCCUCUUGGGCUUCCAGCACAUUUCCUUCCUCUUCAUCUCAAGAAGAGUAGGUGGUCUCAGGUUGCUCCUGAGAACUGAUGGUUGACCUUGUAUGUGCUGGGACAUUUUUAGUGUGUCAUACGGACUCUUUCCAAAACAAUUUGGAUAUCAAGGCAAGGUAUAUUCAUUUCCAUAAUUCCAUUCCAAAAGUUCAACUUCCGUAGAUUAUAGAUUCAGGGCCCACAAUUUGAACCGCUUCAGGUAUUUAUUUGUUUAUGUUUACAUAAUUGCAGUUUCCAGCUCAUAAAACUCACGAAAUCAGGAAUUCCAAAAAUUUGAAUACGGUGCAGAAGGGGUCUGGUCUGCAUCUCCAUACAGAUCCUCAGCAGAAGGAACCAUGAAGUCCUCUAAAACGUUCUGGUAGACUGUUGCGGAGACCUUGGAUUUAAGAAAGCAGAGUUGACCAACACCUGCACUGGACAUUGCAGCCCAAAUCAUGACUGACUGUGGAUAUUUCACACUGCACCUCAAGGACCGUGGGUUCUGUUCUUCACCCAUCUUCCCCCAACCCAUUGAACCUUGAUUCCCGAAUGAAAGGCACACUUUACUUUCAUUGAAAAAGAGGACCUUGGACCACUGGCCAACAGUCCAGUCCUUCUACUCCUUGGCCCAGUUGAGACGAUUCCUAAGUUUGGCUCGGGCUCAGAAGAACCAGACAGUUGUAGCCCAUCUCCCAGAUGGGUCUGAAUGUGGUGGUUUUUGGAAGCUGUGACUCCCGCCUCGUUGCACUCCUUCUGGACCUCUGCUAGAUUCAUGAAUCUUCUCUGUUUGAAAGUCCGCUGAAGCCCACGGUCAUCUCUUUUGCUGGUGCGUCUUCUCCUGCCACAUUUUGUCCUUCCGCUAGACUUGAAAUUUAUUUUCACAGUGUGAACAUGGCACACCAUUUUAUAUCCGUGUGCAACUGAAACAAGUGCAUCAAUGUCAUUUAAGUGUUGUCAGUACACCCUCCAGUGGACAAAGUUAGCAACAAAAGUUACUUUUAUUGAGAAAAUAGAAAUAAUGUCUUCCAUCCCCACCGGCCGGAUCGGACCCCCUGGACGGGCCGGUUCUGGCCCACGGGCCGUGUGUUUGAGACCCCUGGUUUCAUCCAUUUUCUUCACAGUGUUCACAAUUUUUGCAUUUCCUGAUUUCAUGGCUUUUUUGAGCUGGAAGCCCAAAUGGUGUGAAAAUAAACAAAAUACUUGGAAUUGUUUCAAUUGCGGGCCCUGAAUCUCCAAUCUACGGAAGUUGAACUUUUGCAAUGGAGGUUGGGAAAUGAGCUUUUUUUUGGAAAGGGUCUGCAUUAGGGGUGCUCCGAUCGCGAUUUGAUGCUGCCGAUUGUGAUACCGAUCAUCGAUGAGUGAGACCCGCCGAUAAUCGCCGAUAGCGUUCAUACGGAUGAGCCGGAAAUCUUUCAAUUCAUUUCUGGCGUUUGCUCGAAAAUCCAACACGUUUGUUUGCGUUUGCAUUGCACCUGCGCAGUGUGAAAUCGGCCGAUCGCGAUUGUGAUCGGGAGCCCAUCGAUCGGAGCGCCACUGUUGUGUGUGUGCGUGUAUAUAUAUUUAUUGUGACGUGGCAUACAGUUUGGAAAUCACCAUAUUCGCAGAGAUUUCAUUGAUUUGUAUUUAUUUGAAUGUUGUGUUGUAAAUUGUAAAUUUGCCAUGACAACCACCACGUGAAAAGUUGAUAUGAAUCGAGGUUAUUUCAAGUACCCCUUCACAAAAUCGUCCCAGAACCGUAGGUGGAAACACAGCUCCAGACAAUGGGUACCUUUUUGGUUCCGGGAUUUUGUUCCACUUAAGUGACCGUUCAAGUCCCUGGAACCAAAAGUGUCCAUUGCAUGUCUACCUAAAGUUCCAGGAACUUUUGUUUCUGGGUGCUCGUUCCAUUUCCAUCUAAAGUUCUGGGGGGCUUCUGUUUCCGGGUACCUUUUUGUUUGAAAGGUAAAUUUGUGUUUGGCGCCGAAAUGGACGCCAUGAGAACCAAGUAUGAUUCCGCUUGUGUGACCAAGUAAUCCCUGGAACUGAAAGUAGCCAGAAGUAAAAAUGAAAAUCGGAGCAUCUGAACCCGGUGGAUAGACGGCGUCAUCCCAAAAACAUGCAUGCUAGGUUAAUGGAAGACUCUAAAUUGCCCGUAGGUGUGACUGUGAGCGCGAAUGGUUGUUCGGCUGCCAUCUGCUGCCGGCGCCCUCCUCCUCGGGAAAAUAAUUUCAAUAAAAUCCUCAAAGAAUUUGUGACGCCCACUGGCGCCCUUUUUACGUUUCUGUCUUGAAAAUAACAAAUAAAAUUGCAAAAGGUUAAA